UCCUGAGGCUCCAGAAGUCCAGGUUUUCCUGUGUGUCACAUGCCUUUGUGUGCCCUGGAGGCAGGUACCGAGCCUGCAGUGAUGACUAGCCGAAUGGCUCGGUGAGGGGAAGCAGGAACACCCGCAAAGCCCUGGUCCCCGGUGCCCGUCUGGAUGUAACAUGCGAGUCACCCGUUUGGGGGUCCGUGGGUUGUGUGUGGAUGCUGUGUGUUGCCUAGUGACAGGUGGAGAGAAGGCUUCUCUCGCUGAGCUGGGAGUGGCACUGCCUGGCUUUGUAUCGCACUAGCCGGCAGAUUGCAGGCGCACGGUCCGGAGGGGAAAGAGCACCAUCAUCUUAUGGGAAAUGCUUUUUUGGCUGAAAGAAGAAGAGAUGUCGCAUCAGGAGUUAACGGAGAGGUUAUCCUCAGUCAUCACACAUGUUGAUGAAAUCAUGCAGCAGGAGAUACGGCCACUUCUUGCUGUAGAUAUCAUAGAACAGCUCCAUAGACAGUUUGCAACAUUGACAGGAGGAAGAGGAAAAGAUGGGGCACCAAUUAUCACCUUCCCGGAGUAUCCCAGCUUUACUGAGAUUCCCGACGAUGAUUUUCUGAAUGUUGUAACAUAUUUAACCAGCAUCCCCAGUCUUGAUGCUGCCAGUAUCGGGUUCGUCAUUGUUAUAGACAGACGCAGCGAUAAAUGGAGCUCAGUGAAGGCAUCUCUUACUCGCAUUGCAGGGGCGUUUCCAGGAAACUUGCAGCUUGUUCUUGUCCUGCGACCAUCCCGAUUUAUACAAAGGGCUAUAGCUGAUAUUGGCAUCAAACUAUACCGAGAUGAUUUUAAAAUGAAGGUACCGAUUAUAAUGCUAAACUCGGUUUCUGAUCUUCAUGGGUACAUUGACAAAAGUCAGUUAACCAAUGAGUUGGGAGGCUUCUUGGAAUAUAAUCACGGUCAAUGGCUUCACCAUCGAACAGCCAUAGAAAGCUUUGCUCAGGUCGUCAAGACAACAGCUCAGAAUCUGCAGACCUUUGGAACGAGCCUCGCUGAAACCGAAUUACCCAAUGAUGUUCUAUGCACAGAGGAACUGCUUUUAUCUCACACAGAGCAGCAGAACAGGCUCAGAGACGAUUUGAAAUUAGCAUUGCAGCAAGGAGGAACUCUGUUGUCUUGUAUUAAAGAGCCUACAGCCAAAGAUCCAAACUGCAGACUAAACCCAGAUGAGGUUGAAAACAUGGCUACAGUUGAAAGGUUACUCGCUCAGUUGGACGAAACAGAAAAGGCAUUUGAUCAGUUUUGGAGCCGGCAUCAUCUCAAGUUGGAACAGUGCUUGCAGCUGAGGCAUUUUGAACAUGACUUCAAGGAGCUGAAGUUGGCUCUGGAUGCAUUAAUGGAGAUUCAAGCUGCUUUUACUGACAUUGGAGACAGCGUCUCACGUGUGGAACAACUGCUGAAGGAUCUAAAGCAGCUAGAGGAAAAAGGCCAGGGAUGUUUGGAAAAAGCCCAGCUACAUGCCCUCCAUGGGGACCAGCUCAUCCAAAAUAACCACUAUGCGGUUGAUUCCAUCAGACCAAAGUGUGUAGAACUGAGGCGUAUUUGUGAUGAUUUCACCAACGAGACCAAGAAGAAAUAUGACAUUCUGGGCAAGUCACUGGAGCUACACCUGCAACUUGAUAAGGCUAACCAUUGGUGUGAAGAUGGAAUCUACCUCUUGGCCUCUCAAGCUGUGGACAAGUGUCAGUCCCAGGAUGGCGCAGAGUCAGCACUACAGGAUAUUGAGAAAUUUCUUGGAAGCUCAAGAGGACACCAGCUAUCCAAUCCUACAGACUUUUACAACAAAUAUGACAUGAUCCUUUCUCCCGAAAUAAAGUCUGUUGUGCAGAGAGUACUGCAAAAGUUGGUUGAUGUCCAGGAAAUGUUUGACAAAAGACAAGCAAGUUUGAAGAAGCUGGCAGCAAAGCAGACAAGGCCAGUGCAGCCAGUAGCUCCACAUCCUGAGUCCUCACCAAAAAGAGCAUCGCCAAAGACCGUUAGGCCAUCCUCCUUGGCCACAACUCGACGUGUACCUGAUGUUCCUUCUACACCGCCAAAAUCCCUCUCUGAAGCUGAUCUGUCUCGAAAAAGAAAUACCAAGAAGACAAAAGGAGGAAUUAAGAUUGAAGUAAUGCAUGAAGCUAGCCAAGGUGGAACAAGCCGAUCACUAGUGAUGAGUGAAAGUGAGGAGAAUUUAUCUUCACGAAAGAACCAUAUAAUCAAUGAGUUGAUAGAAACAGAACGUGUUUAUGUGGAAGAGCUGCGAAGUAUUAUUGAGGGGUACGCAUCAUCGCUGGACAACCCUGAAAUGAUUGCUGUAGUUCCGCCAGCAUUGCAAACCAAUAAAGAUAUUCUUUUUGGAAAUCUUCCAGAAAUAUAUGAAUUCCACAAAAGAAUUUUUCUAAAAGAGUUGGAAAAUUGUACAGAAAAUACAGAUUCACUUGGAAGAUGCUUUCUGAAAAGGAAAGAGGACCUCCAAAUUUAUGAAAAAUAUUGCCAAAAUAAACCAAGGUCUGAAGCACUUUGGAGACAGUGUGGUGAAAGCAUAUUUUUCCAGGAAUGCCAGCGCAAAUUGGAUCACAAACUCUCUUUAGAUGCUUACCUUCUGAAGCCUGUUCAGAGGAUCACGAAGUAUCAAUUACUUUUAAAGGAAAUGCUUAAGUGCAGUAAGAAUUCGGAAGGGACAGCGGAAUUAGAAGAAGCCCUUGCCACAGUAUUGGAUAUUAUUAAGUCUGUGAAUGAUUCUAUGCACCAAAUAGCUAUUACAGGAUAUGAGGGUGAUUUAAAUGAUCUUGGUAAGCUGCUAAUGCAAGGAUCCUUUAACGUGUGGACAGACCACAAAAGGGGCCAUAACAAAGUGAAGGACCUGGCAAGGUUUAAGCCCAUGCAGAGACACCUGUUUCUGUAUGCCAAGACGUUACUCUUCUGCAAGAAAAGGGAAGAAACCACAGAGGGACAUGAAAAAUCUCCUUCGUACAGUUUUAAAAAUUCUCUGAAGAUGAGCUCUGUUGGUAUCACAGAGAAUGUAAAAGGCGAUAACAAGAAGUUUGAAGUAUGGUACAAUGGCAGAGAGGAAGUAUACAUCAUACAGGCAUCAACAGUAGAGUUGAAAAACCUCUGGGUUUCUGAAAUCAGAAAAGUCCUUACAGGACAACUUGAAGCAUGCCGAGAAGCAAGCCAGUUACAUCAGAGAAUUACAGAGAGCGUAUAUCAUGCUCCCAUGAUUGCUUCUUUUACAAGGUCAAACAAAAAAUCCCUGAAUAGCCAGAAUAAGGCCGAAUCCACAAGUCAAAAUGCACCUAAUAACAAGAACAGAACCUCUAGUCCAUCUGAAAGACAAAAGAAAGCUGAUACCCCUGCCAGUCAUAACCUAGAGCGCUCAGCGCUUGCUAGAAAGCGAUUCACUUUGCAGGGUCUUUCGAAUCGCAGGACACCGCUCAAAGAACCAGAAUCUAAGGAAAAGGAAGUUACUCGACGCUUUUCUUUAGCCUCCUCAAUGAGUACAACAGCUAUUAAAGUUUCAGCUCGAGCAAAAGGUCCACUUGGUCCUGAUGUGAAAGUUAAGAGACAUGAAAUAAAGAGUGACCCAACCCCCCUUGGUUUUGAAGGUUGGCCAAGACAUAUGAAUUCUCUUGAAACAUAUGAAGAUUUUUCCACAAUUCCAUCAAGUAAUGACGAACUUUCUAAUUCUGAUGCUGAAGAGGACAGCACUAACACCAAAGAAUCCCAGUUGUUUAGUGUGGAAGGUUCUUUUGAAACAUGUUCUCCGACUAACUUUGUACUGCAGCAUGGAGAUAUAGUACAGCUUCAACGAUGCGGACAGAAUGGACAAUGGUUGGUGAAAGAACUUGUUUCGAAGAGGAAAGCAUGGGUUCCUUCAAGCAUAUUAAUUCCUGCAAAGACCACUCUGGAAAACAUCUGUCAAAUGGAUAACAGCGCAGCUUACAAUGAUAGUUGUCAAAUGGCAGAGGAAUCUACAAGCAUAAAAGAAAAGCAAAAUGAAAGGACACGGAACCUUGCUGCAGAACAGAAGGCUGUGGGCUGAAUACAUCAUCUAGAAACCUUUUUUUUUUAAUCACUCUGUCUGAGCUACCAGUUUUCCCAAGUGGCUUAAGUCAUAGGCAUUGCCAACCCUGGAAAGUGGGUGUCUGAACGUUAUCUGCUGCUUCUGGUUAUUGGAAUUUUGGAGAAGAUCUUCAGGUUGCUUUAUUACAACUAAAUGACUUCAUGCAAGUAUCCUAAAGCGACCUAAGUGACCUAUAUUAGGUCUGGAGCAGAACUGGAGUUGAUCUAUGCACUUAGCCCAUACUGCCUGUCCUUUGACUUUGAAGAACAUUCCUUCCCUGAUGUAUUGUGAUGUUUUCCUGUUUCAUUGAUAUGUCAAUGACUUGCUUUAUAUACAGGUCAGAGCUUUAAGGCAGGAUGAUUGCAAAAAAAAAACAUGUUUCAGCUAGUCCAGUGUUAAUCUUUUCAAGUUUAGAUGAAAUAUGUACAUGUCAUGAAACUUUUAACUUGCUUAACAAACCAGUACUCCUUAUCAUUUGAAGUAUUGUGUAGUACUUAUUUUCAUAGUACGUCUGAGCUGGAGAUUUAAGUUAAAAAAGCAAAGGAAGAUUGAAAUGGCCAUGGUGUCGGGGAAAACUUUUAAGGACAGGGAAAAUGUUUACAUUUGUAUUUGUGAAUGUUAUAAAGUACUGUUUCCUUUUGCAGAAAUGUGUGUUUUUAUAGAAAUUCCAUUUAACAUACAUUUUCUAGCAGUAUUGCAUUUCCCUUGAAAUGUAAGUCCAUAUCAUCAUCACCCGGAGGAGCACAUUCCUUGUCGUCAUAAGCUUCAUGCAUCAAGUAAAAGCAUGUACAUUAGAAAGUAAAAAA